AUGAGUAAUUCGUCGGAAAAUUUGGAAAUAGUAUGUACAUAUACACGAAUUUUCACGUUGCCAUCAGAAAAUUCCUCGUACGCAAAGGCAACACACUCUCUAAUUACUUCAAAUAAUUAUUUGCAGGUGUCUAACCCACCGGAUUGGAUAGAAAACGUCAUUAAGCCUAUACGCCAAAAAUUUCCGCAGGAUAAUUUUGAUGUAGUCCGUAUUAGGGGUGUUGAAAAUGAAUGCGACGCAUAUCGUAUUCAGUGCAACGUUUGCGUGCGACAGUUUGUCAUACGUAAAGGUCAAAUGAAUUUUGUGAAUCAUCUAAGAACGAAAAUUCACUUAAACAAUAAGCGCAUAGCAGACAAGAAGAGCGAAAGUUUCGUUUCCGAAAGUAAUAUUGAGGGGACCAUGAACGAUUUAUCCGAACAAACUCAAAUUUACAUAAUAAAAGAUAAAGAGAAUGAAAUUGGUGACUUGAAUGAGAAUCGUAAACGCCCGCGUUCUCCAUCAUUGAAAACUGAGUCAAGAGAUGUUAACGACCUAGCUAUUCAAGAUAAACGUCAAAAGCUGGCACCACUGGGGCACAUUAUUAAUUCUAAUUGGGAAUCUGAUGACUUGAAUAGAACUAAUUCUUAUUUAGAUACCGUCCUAAUUCAAGAACCUGAAAGUUUGAACCGAAGUAGUUCAUAUAUGGAAACCGUAUUAAAUCCAUCUCCAUCUCUUUCGCGAGAACAAAGUGGUAUCAUGGUCGACACUACAGAAUCAAAUAUCAUUCCUUUUAACCGCACCGUAUCAUCAUUGUCAUCGUUAUGCGUCCCCUUUGAUAACUUCAGUAUUGGCCAAGACUUUGAAUCGAAACAGCAACAACCACAACAGCAAUUAUAUAAUCCUGAUGGUUCAACGUCAAUGGUGCAGCUUGCAGGUCUUGAGAGCAUUCAGCCGGAAUAUGCCCCAUACCAACUCACGACUCUUCAGGAUAUGCAACAAGAUUAUGAUUACGCAACCUCACUUCUCCAACUUGCAGCCCAGAGUAUGCAAUCGGAAUAUGAGGCAUAUUCGACACCCGUGUCACAACUCUCAUCUCAAAGUUAUCACACUGAAUACGGAUUAGAUCCCACGUCGAUUCCCCAAGCUUUUGAACAAGAUGUACAACCGGAAUAUGAUAUAAAUUCAACAGAGAUUUUUCCGGGUUCUCAUUCAGAAUAUGUGACCAAUCCAGAAUCAUUGUCACAAAUUGCAAAUUUUCAAAGUGUAUCAUCUAACUAUGGAAUAGAUUCGUCAUCGGUCCUUCAGUGCGUGCAAUCUGGUCAUGAGUCAAAUUUAGGAUCAAUAUCUCAAUCAGUUAUCGGUUCGGAAUUUGAUCAAAAUAUGAAAUCGGGGCAUGAGAUCGACUUUUCAUCUCUAUCGCAAUUUAAUCAAGACGUGAAAUCGGAAUCAGAAUCUGAGUCGAGUUUGAAACCAGCAUCGCAGUUUGAUCAAAAUAUUAAAGACAUGGAAUAUAUGAGAGAAUUGAUAUUGCCAUCAUCAUCAUCACCGUCUCUACCACUACCAUUACCUGAUCAGAAUAUCAAGUCUGAAUACAGGGAUAAUAUAAUAACAUUUCCACAACCCACCCAGGAGGUGAAGUCCGAGCACGGAUCAGACUUUGGAUCUUUUCAAUCUCUAGAUACCAUAAAAGAUGAAGGAUUGGCUGAAUCAGAUUCGGAUUGUGAGGUUAUCGAUUUGACCGAUGUAACUCAAGUUGAUCCAACUGGAGUAGUUAAAACAGAACCAGUUUCCAAUUUACCUCUGCAUGGCGGUUUUGUUUCGGCCCUAUCGGUUUCUCGUGAUCCGUUUCCUAAUUUUACCGACUCUCGUGAUCCGUUUCCCAACUUUACCGACGCUCGUGAAUCGUGGAACCGUGGUAGUUCAAAUAACUCUAGUGACAUUCACGAAUUAAUAAGAAUGAUACCGUUGGAAGAAGUCAAUGAAACUCCUCUUGAGGAAGCGAGUCGUAAGAUUAAUUCUCAAAAUGGGGCAGUUGAUGGUCUAAGAAUCAAAUUGAUGGAUCAUCAGAUAGUCGGGGUUUCAUGGAUGGUAGAUUGUGAGAAAAAGGAUAAUGGCACAAGAGGCGGAAUACUGGCCGACGACAUGGGACUUGGAAAGACCAUUCAGACGAUUGCGACGCUCGUGGUGAACAGAUCGAAGUCUAACAUUAAAUCAACGCUGAUAGUAGCACCUACAGCUCUCAUUCAUCAAUGGGAGGCCGAGAUCCUGGAUAAAACUGAGCCCGGAACGUUUAAGAUACACGUGUACCACGGGCCAGGUAAGGCAAACCUACGGGAACUGAAGAAAUAUGAUAUUGUGAUCACGACGUACCAGACGCUCAUUCGUGAUCUUCCCGACGAUCCUGAAGAAGAUAAGGGUCCCAUGUUUCGAGUGACUUGGUUCAGGGUCGUGUUGGACGAGGCUCAGAAUAUCAAAAAUCGUCUUUCGCGCAUUAGCAAGGGUUGUGCAGCUUUGAAUACGAUCCAUCGGUGGUGUUUAACAGGCACUCCAAUCCAAAAUCAAAUCGACGAUUUAUACUCCUAUUUCCGUUUCCUUAGGGUCUUUCGUUAUUCAGAGUGGUCAGCAUUCCGUAAAGAAUUUGGAUCUACCAGUGAACGGGCUAUGAGAAAGAUCCAGGCAUUCCUUCGGGGAAUUUUGUUGCGUAGAACGAAAGAUUCCAAGAUAAACGGAAAACCUCUUUUGCAACUUCCUGAAAAAAGUGUUGACAUGGUAUGCAAUGAAUUCUCUCCGGAUGAACGUCAGUUCUAUGAUGCGCUCGAAAAACGAUCAAGAGUUAUAUUUAAUCGUUAUUUGAAAGCGGGAAGCGUUUUGAAAAAUUAUGCUUAUAUUCUCGUGUUGUUGCUCCGAUUGCGCCAAGCAUGUAAUCAUCCGUUUUUGACGCAGGUAGAUGUUGGAGAUGUGAUAUCCAUCUCCGACAAUCCGCAAACGGGACCUUCAAAACCGAUGGAUCCCGAACAAGAACUUGAGCGCGCAAAACAAGUAUUGUCCGAUAAGAUAUACGAAAGACUAAUUGAAAAAUUCAUGGGAGAUAACCCUAACGAGGAUUGUCCUAUUUGCUAUGAUGUUAUUGAAAAGGGAAUGGUGACUGCGUGCGGUCAUAUAUUCUGUCUCGGUAAGCUUUUUGGUCACACCAUUGUCAAUAGUGCGUGUUUUUACUUGAUCAUAAAAAUGCUCACUGAAAGUGCACGUCCAAAUAUAGAUUGUAUUAAAAACGUGUUUGAAGGUGAUAACCAGGCAAACGUUAUUGAUGUGGAAGAUCGGAAAUGUCCACUUUGUCGUAGUCCAAUCAAGGAAAGUGAUUUAAUUGGUGUCAAUGCAUUUACACAACUUUCACAACAAAAAAAUUCACCGGAUGAAGAAGAGGUUGAACUUCCAACGCUUUCAGAACUACUUUCACAGAAUACCAAUCCUUCAGACGAUGGAGAAGAUUCCGAGGAGCCUAUCUCCAAUGGAAACGCAUUUGCCAGUGCAUCCGAAGGCACUUUCGUUCCUUCCACAAAGAUCAAUCGACUUAUGCAUGAAUUGGCUUUAGGUCAAGAGGAAGAUCCGGGCUGUAAAACCAUAGUAUUUUCCCAGUGGACUUCAAUGUUGGAUUUGAUUGAAGAACCUAUUAGUAAAGCUGGAUACAAGUUCUGUAGGUAUGAUGGCACCAUGGAUGCGAAAGAGCGUACCAAAGCAAUUCAAAAGUUGUCAAAUGAUCCCGAAAUUCUCAUCAUGCUAGUUUCACUGAAAGCCGGUGGUGUCGGACUUAACCUUACCAAAGCUAACCGAGUUAUCAUGCUCGAUUGUUGGUGGAACCCUUCUAUUGAAGAUCAAGCAGUCGACCGUGUCCAUCGGAUUGGUCAACAAAAAAAUGUUGUUGUAAAACGGCUAACUAUCAAGGAAAGCAUUGAAGAUCGUAUAUUGGUGUUACAAGAAAAAAAGCGACAAUUGGCAGCUGGCGCACUAGGAGAGGGGGAUUUGAGGGUUGGAAGGCUUACACUGGACGACCUUAUCUAUCUUUUCCGUUGA